UUUGCGUUUACUGGUGGCUGUUUCCUGUGUCACCUUUGCGCCUUCUUGCCCUCAGGUGUAUUCUUUUGCACGCAAAGAGUUCCGAGAAUUUGAAUUGCAUGUCGUUUGACAAAGCCUUUCGGUUUUGUUCAAAAAACUUUUUCACCAGAAAGUAACAUAACUUAAGCUACUGCCACGGCAUUUUUUUUUUUAAAUGUGUGAGUAGUAUUCUCUCUCUGUGCUGCAUGAAGGGCCAGAGAAAGAAAGCUUCUGGCUGCUCCCUGGUGUGAGGUGUUCUCAUGGUCUGGGGGGAGGGACAACAAAAUCCUUUUUGUUAAGUUGUACAAACUAUGUACAAGCUUUGUCAGAAACCCAGCUGCAGCAGUCUGAUAGAAGCAUGAAUGGGGACAUUUACUGCUAAGCCAAAGUUACGAAAAACCCAAGGAGGGAAGCAAGAGAAAAAAGUUAUCCAUCCUUAUAGCAGAAAAGCUGCACAGCUUGCAAGGGAGGCACACAAACAGGAAAAGAAGGAAAAGUUGAAGACUGAAAAAGCUUUGCGUUUGAGCAUCAUCGGAGAAAAACUGCAAUGGUUUCAAAGUCACCUUGACCCCAAUAAAAUUGAGUACACAAAGAAGGAAGCUGGCGAACUAAUUGAAAAUUAUAUGUGUCGAUUCAAUGUGGAAUUGGAGCAGAUUGAGUUACAAAACAGUAUAAAAGGUAGACAAGGAAGACAGCAUGGUUCACGGGAAACUGUCAUCAAGCAGACCAUAGAACGUGAAAAACAACUCUAUGAAGGCUAUGGAAUAGAAAUCCCAGACAUUAUGAACAGAAAGCAUCUUCAGUUUUUCAGAGAAUGGGAUGGUGAUCUGAGGAAACUGCCAAACAUAAAAAUGAAAAAGCUCUCAGCUAGGGAUGCUGCUUGUAGUCGCCAUGAGGUGGCAGAUGUGGAAGCUAAAGAAGAAUUGAAUAAAGCAGAAGAGGUGGUGUAAUGAGCACCAGCUGAGCUGAAACAGCUGAAGGGAAUUGUAAGAAACCCAUUUUAAUUAUCACUGGAAACAGGAAUAAAUUCUAACUAUAUUUGUAAAGGCUUUGCUAGCUGCAUUUUUAUGAGCUCACUGUGUACCUGUGGUGAAGAAUAAACAGUAUAUUAUUGGGUAAAGCUGUAUAUUAUUGAAUAAAAAUAUUUGAAUAUAAA